GGGUGGACCCUUGACUGACGCCCCUUUGGCUAUUGGUGCCUUCAGGUGCCACGGCCCCCUCGCGCUAUGUUGCUGCAAGUCGGGGUCUCGGCGCUCGCCAGGCGGGCUCUGCUAAGGAAGAGGGUCUCCUUCACCGCUUCUUGCAACAGACCGGCCGCCUUCAUGUCGACCUUGCUCAUCAACCAAGCCCAGUACGCGUGGCUGAAAGAACUGGGGCUUCGAGAAGAAAACGAGGGAGUUUACAAUGGCUCCUGGGGAGGAAGAGGGGAGAUUGUGACAACAUAUUGUCCUGCAAAUAAUCAGCCCAUAGCUAGAGUUUGCCAGGCAAGUUUGGAAGACUAUGAAGAAACAAUAAAGAAAGCUAAAGAAGCUUGGCAAAUAUGGGCAGAAGUCCCUGCACCUAAACGAGGAGAAAUAGUGAGACAGAUUGGAAAUGCCUUGAGAGACAAAAUCAAAAUUUUGGGAAAUUUGGUAUCGUUAGAGAUGGGGAAGAUCUUUGUUGAAGGUGUUGGUGAAGUCCAGGAAUAUGUAGAUAUCUGUGAUUAUGCUGUUGGUUUAUCUCGAAUGUUUGGUGGACCCAUGCUUCCUUCAGAAAGACCUGGACAUGCCUUAAUAGAACAAUGGAACCCUUUGGGAUUAGUUGGCAUCAUCACAGCCUUUAAUUUUCCUGUUGCAGUUUAUGGCUGGAACAAUGCAAUUGCACUGGUCUGUGGCAAUGUCUGCAUCUGGAAAGGUGCACCGACAACAUCUCUCACCAGUGUGGCUGUUACAAAAAUAAUUGCACAAGUUCUGGAGAAUAACAAACUGCCUGGUGCUAUUUGUUCUCUGGCUUGCGGUGGAGCAGAUAUUGGCACAGCAAUGGCAAGGGAUGAGCGAAUUGAUCUGCUCUCCUUCACUGGCAGCACCAAGGUGGGCAAGCAGGUAGCUCUGACAGUACAGGAGAGAUUUGGACGAUGCCUGUUGGAGCUUGGUGGAAACAAUGCUAUUAUUGCAUUUGAAGAUGCAGAUCUCAACCUGGUCAUCCCAUCUGCCCUCUUUGCAGCUGUGGGGACAGCAGGCCAGAGGUGCACAACUGCCAGGAGGCUGUUUUUGCAUGAAAGCAUCCAUGAUGAAGUGGUGGAAAAACUCCUGAAGACAUAUGCUCAAGUCCGUAUUGGAGAGCCAUGGGAUGCGAACACCUUAUAUGGUCCUCUUCAUACAAAGCAAGCAGUUAAGUUGUUUCUUGAUGCAGUGGAACUGGCCAAACAGCAAGGUGGCUCUGUUGUCUGUGGUGGGAAGGUUAUAGAGCGCCCUGGAAACUAUGUUGAACCAACCAUUGUGAUUGGCCUUCCCCAUGAUGCUCCAAUUGUGCAUACAGAGACAUUUGCUCCUAUUCUCUAUGUGCUGAAAUUCAAGACAGAGGAAGAAGCUUUUGCUUGGAACAAUGUAGUGAAACAAGGCUUGUCCAGCAGCAUCUUCACUAAGGAUUUGGGCAGAAUAUUCCGAUGGCUUGGGCCCAAAGGAUCAGACUGUGGAAUUGUUAAUGUCAAUAUCCCUACUAGUGGGGCUGAAAUUGGAGGUGCAUUUGGAGGUAAUAAACACACAGGUGAUGGAAGGGAAUCUGGUAGUGAUUCAUGGAAGCAGUAUAUGAGACGAUCCACUUGCACAAUUAAUUACAGCAAAGAUUUGCCUCUUGCUCAGGGAAUCAAAUUUAAUUAAGUGUCAGGUGGAAGCACUUCCUUUGGUGAACCUGGCAUUAAAGAACCAAGCAUCUAUUGAUUUCAAACCUGAACCCGUAGCUACCUGAAACUUCAAACAUUGAGGAUGUUUAUAACUGCUGCGCUGGUCUCAUCCAGAAAAUUCAAAUUAUGUUAUACAUGGCAAUCAAUGUAACAAUGUGCCCAGACUCUGAAUCUGUGCAGGGCAAGUCAGAUGAAGAGUUUGGUAGCAAAGUAGAAUUUGGAUCAUCAGCUACAACAUUUGGAUUAUGAGCUACACAAAUCCUAAAAUGUCUCUUACAUUUGCCACAGUGGCAGCGCGAUGGUGGCCAAUGAGUUUGCAAGUAAUUGAUAUGAAAUUGGCUUCAGUGCAGAAAUAAACUUUAUAAAGCUUUUGCUA